GAAAGCUUUUUUUUUAAGAAACAAAAGUCUGAAAGAAUAAUUGUUCUUCAAAAAUAAAUGAAUUUAUUAUAAUUAUUUGUUUGGCCGAAAAAAACAUCAAUGUUUGCCAUAUAAAAUCGAUGCUUUAAGAAAUUGUACAAAAAAACAUCGAUGCAUCGAUUUUGCCAUCGAUGUUUCUCCACCUCGUCGACAGUGUUUUGUUUUUUAAUGCUCAAUGAAAAAACUAAUUUGGCAUCAUCCAAUGCAAAUGGAACGGUGACAUAAAUACGAAAUAAUAAAAACGUGGCCAAGUGACGAACGCAUAGAGUAGAAUAGUGGCAGGCGAUUGCAACAAUAAUCAAGUACAAAGAAGAAGGUGCAACACAAAGAAGGAGCAAGAAGCAUGAGCUGAAACUGGUCAAACAGAAACGUACAAAUAAGAAAAAGAUAAUUUCAAGGCGAACGCAGCGCAGCGCAAGGGAAGGAAAGGGAAAGCAAGUUGAAGUAAGGUGACAAAUAAGGCAACGCGACGCGACGCGACGAAUCGAAUUGUAAUUGUAUUGCUGCUCUCCUCUGGCUCUAGCUGGUCCGCGUGCUGAUUGCUGCCAGCCAAAGAACACAAGAACACACAUACACCUGACCACGUGUGUGUGUGUAAGUUUGCAUGUUGGUGCGUUUGCGUAUGCGUGUGUGUGUGCGUUGUAUGCUAACUGGAACUUGCAGGCGGCCAUCAAUGCAACAACAAUAACAGCAGCUGAAGAAGAAGAAGAAGCAGCAGCAGCAGCGCAGCAGUAGCAGCAGAAGUAAAAACAGAAGCAAAAGUGGAAGUGGAAGAAGAAGAGACGCGCGCACCACACGAAUGCGAAUGCGAAUGUGAAUGUGAAUGCAAUAGAGGAGCAUUGAAAUCAACAUAACAGGAAUAACAACGGCAAACAGCAGCAGAAGCAGUAGCAGCAGCAGAGCAUUGUCAUCUCCUUAUCCAUAAUCUCUGCAUCGACGCCAACAACAACAACAACAAUCCCAAUAUGAGCACAGUGUUUAUCAAUUCGAGGAAAAGCCCGAAUGUGCUGAAGAAACAAGGCACAGACCAAUGGGUCAAGCUCAAUGUGGGUGGCACCUACUUUCUAACCACGAAAACAACGCUUUCCCGUGACCCCAAUUCGUUUCUCUCGCGUCUCAUACAAGAAGACUGUGAUUUGAUAUCAGAUCGGGAUGAGACUGGCGCAUAUCUAAUUGACAGAGAUCCCAAGUACUUUGCGCCCGUGCUCAACUAUUUGCGGCAUGGCAAACUCGUCUUGGACGGCGUCUCCGAAGAAGGCGUUCUCGAGGAGGCUGAAUUCUAUAAUGUGACACAGCUGAUAGCGCUGCUCAAGGAGUGCAUCAGUCACAGAGAUCAAAGACCGUAUGCGGACAAGAAGCGCGUCUAUCGUGUGCUGCAAUGCCGCGAACAAGAGCUGACACAGAUGAUCUCAACUCUGUCGGAUGGCUGGCGCUUCGAGCAGUUGAUUACUGUGGGCAUGCAAUACUCCAACUACGGCCCCUUUGAGAACAAUGAGUUCCUUUGUGUUGUGUCCAAAGAGUGCGGCUCGACAGCCGGACGUGAGCUGGAGCUUAAUGAUCGCGCCAAGGUUUUGCAGCAAAAGGGAUCGCGCAUUCUUGGAAUUUAAAAAGCUGUAUUCUCCCCAUCCAAGAAAGAAAGAAAAGUAAAUCCCAAGUUGUAAAACGAAUAACAACACUCCACAACCACAGCAACAACAACAGCCAAGCACCACAACAACAGCAACAACAACAUUAAGAACUAAUUAAAAAUUAACAACAACAACAACAUCAACAACAACCAGAAAGAACAACAACAAUAAUUAAUACAAGCCUAACGUGAUCUGAGCCUUAUUUUAUGACUAUGCAGUUUUCAACGUAAAGUGGAAAUUGUGCAAGCAUUAAAUUAAAUACAUUGUCAAUCGGUCAGUCUGCCAUCAAUCAUCAAUCAAUCAAUCACAAACAAUUAUCAAUUAAACAUCAAUAAGUCAUCAAAAUAAUCAACAAUGAUUCAUCAAUCAAACAUCAAUCAAUCAUCAAUCAGUCAACACUCAAUCAUCCAUCAAUCAAACACCACUCACCAACACAAUCACACACACAUCAUCCUUUAUCUUAGGUAUGUUUGCCUUUGAUUUUUGAUCAUUUCGACAACAAUUAUUGCAAUCAUUCAAUUCCCAAUGUCCGAUUGUCUUUUUUUAUGUGUUAGCUUACAUUUGCGAAUGAGUGAUAGAAUGUUUUUUGUUGCUCUGUCUGUCUGCAUCACACUUUCAUAAACGCACAAGUAGAACGCACUGCGCUCUUCAAACGAUCCACAAUCAAUCAAUCAAUAUAUUAUAUAUGAGAAUAGUUAUAUAUAUUAUAUAUAUAGUUGCUUAGUUAUGCGGUAGAGGUUUUUCUUUUGUUUGGUUUUCUGACCGUGGAGAGAGAGAGCAUAUAAAUAUAUUUUUGGCUUCCCUUUUGCCUUCCGCAUUUGAAGAGUGCGUUAUUACGCUUAAUAUGAACGAUAAACGAUGAACGAUUAACGAGUUGUUGAUGACAAACCUUUGUUUGAGAAGAUGUUUUCAAGAGUUUUAAGAAGGAGCACAUGCAAAUAGAAUGCAUUCAAUGUGGGUCAAGCACAAACAAAAACACCGCCAACUUUGCUUAGGCUUAGGCUAAACAAAAAUAGAAAAACAAAUAGAGAAAGCAAAAGCAAAAUACAAACAACAAACAAAAAACAACAAUUAACUUUAAUAACGUAAUAUUUAUGUAUAUUGUACGUGUAACCGACAUUAUGCUAAGAAGACAGUUGUAGAAAGCACCUAGAGAAGAUGCCUAGAUGCUUAGACAAAUACACAGACACAGAAACGUGAAUUCUAUACAAAUACAAA